GCAAUUAAUUGACAAAUGGUGGAAAAAUUUUGCGCAGAAAUUUUUCGUCGCGUUUUUGUUGUGAUUUUUCAUCGGGAAAGUGCAGUGAAAUUGCAGUGAAAAGUGAUCGAAAGUGUCCGUAAAGGUGUGUGGUAUGGGUGGGAGAAGAUGUCGUGCACGCGCGGCCCCUCCAAAUGGCGAUAUUUGAGAAGAGAAUCGAGAGGAAAGUGAAUCUCGACGACACCGAGGAAAUUAAAUGUUUUAUUGAAACUGCUCAGAACGUGAAUGGACACACGGAGUACGUGCUGAGGGUCCAGCGGGGUCCGUUGAGUGAGAAUUCCUGGCGAUUGCUGCGGCGCUACAAUGACUUCCUGCACCUGGAUAAGUGCCUGCAAAUCUCGGGCAUCGACCUGCCCCUGCCAGCCAAAAAGAUCCUUGGCAAUAUGCACCCCGAGUUUAUAGCUCAGCGUCGUCUCGCACUCCAGGAGUAUAUCAAUCACGUGCUCAUGAAUCCUAUUCUGGCGUCGUCGCUCCCCACAAAGAAGUUCGUCGAUCCAGACAGCUAUUCCACGCCAUUCCACGAUCUCGCGCUCCAGAAUGCCUCACUGUGCCUCCGGGCGGAGGGGCAGUAUGCAUUGGGGCAGAGUUUGGGGCCCAUUGGGUGGCGCCUGCGGAAGCACUACUUCCGCGUAACGAUGAAAUUACAAGCGGGACGGAGUUCUCCCGGGCAAACGAAGCAUCUCGUCAAGACGAUCUCACAGAGUCACGCACGCGGAGCUCAAUCCGUGGGCAAUGGUAGUGCACCAAGUGAAACACAAGAUCUCAUUCUUGCGUGGACGGAAUACGGGCCGGAUAAGUACAUCGAUGAUCGUGAGAUUCAUUCAACGCUGAAGAAUCUCGGUGGGCUGCAGCAUCCCUACAUUCAGCCCCUUGACUAUGUCACGAGCAACGACAAUGGGGCGCUCGUGAUAAGGAAAUUUGUCACGCAUGGCACACUCAAGGACAUGCUGUGUUGCGUUCAGCCGGUUAAUCCCUUCCUCACGAAGUACGGCAACCCAAAGGGGCGCUCUCCGCUUCCGCUAAAGGAUGUGGCGCUCUAUGGGAGACAAAUACUCGAGGCAAUUAGAUUCUUGCACUCCAAGGGGCUUCCCAAUGGACAUGUUCAUGCUGGAAAUGUGGUAAUCGUAAAUGGGACUGCCCGUUUAUUGGACAUUGAGAACUUUAUCCUGGGCGUGCCUGCCUUUUAUCGGCCCUUUUUCGUUCAACACUCCCGAAUUAAUACGUUCGAAGCUGUGGACGUCUAUUCCUUUGGGCAUCUCCUGUAUGAGAUGACUAUGGGCUAUCCACUGCAGGAAUCCGUAGCGAGGCAGAUCACAGACUGCCCAGACUCCCUGCGGCAGCUCCUUGAAUCCCUCCUGCUGCGAGAUUCAUGCAAAAAUGGCUUGCCAAGCCUCGAUCAAGUGGCUCAGCAUGCUUUCUUCCUGGAGCAUGUGCCGAAUUUUGCGGAUAUCCUGGCAAAAGCCACGCGAACAACAAAGCCACACAUUAAGUGGUCAAGUAAUGCAAAAGAGCAGCUCAAAUUAGCCGUACAGAAGUCUGAGCAUCGCUUCAAGGAGGAACAAAAGUCUGUGCGGAACCAAAAGAGGCUUGUUAGGGUGCAGGAGUGGAUGAGCUCAGAGGAGGAAAAGAAGAAAAUCAAGACAAAGGCGAAAAUGGAGCACAAGCAAUCAAAAUUGCGGCAACAGACAUCGCUUCAGCUCCAAAAUGGGCCCCCUGUGGCACCACUCACGCUAACGCGAUCUGAUAGCGCCAAUAGCGUGUCAACGUCCCACGAGACAGACUCCCCACUGCCUCCGCCACCGCCACCGUCGCUGCCCAAUCUCUCACGCACGACGGAUGACAUCAAUUUGCCGGGAACGAGUGGGGAACGCGGGCGUUAUGCCCUUCUUGACUCAAUCUGCAAGUUCAAUAAAUCAUCCCUAAGGCGAGUGGCCUCUGAUGAUUGAGGAGGGAACUCCGCAGCAGCGGUAAGUUUGCUCUAAAAAAUAAGGAUGGGAUGCAAUUUAAUGCUCCGUCUCUUUAUUCAAUCCGCGCGGAAAAUUUUACAAAACAAAAAAAAAAUUAAGAAAAUGCUACAUGUCAAAGGUACACUUUGGACCAAUUUUAAAUGUAGUUUAAAAAAAAAUGAGCAAAAAAAUUAUAAUUUGGGUGCAACAAUGCAAAGAGAAAAAAAAAUGAAAAAAACUAAAUGAUGAGGCAAAAUAACAUAAUCAGAAGAUUGCGCAAGAUGUGUGCGAGAAAGAAGCACGCGAAGCUUUGUUUUCCCUUUCUUGCACAGUUCAAAAUGAUAAAAAAAACGAAAUGCUUUUUUUUCUAAAUACAUUGUAGAGUAAAAUUGCUCGCCAAUUGAAACAUAUAGCGUUGUGUGCUAUGAAGAGAAGAAUGUUUUUUAUGGAGAGGAGAGAAGAAAAAAAAUGUGGCUCGCGCGCGCGAAAAAAUGCAAAGAAUUCUCAAAUAUUUGUAGGAGAUGAAGAGAAAAAAAAAACGUAAAACAGCUAAAAUGUAAAUCAAAAGGCACUAAAAAUGAGUUGCUUUGGACGUUACCACUCGCAUAGGGGGAGGGUGGGAGAGAGGGUGGGGUUCAUAUGGUUGAAAAGUGAUCCAAAUUCGCUUUUCUACCUCCCACAAUUUUGUACAUUUUUUGUGUUUCCAUUUUUUUUAUUGUUGGGUAUGAGUUGCGUUAGAGUAAUUGGAUAUUUUUCUCGUGAAUUUUUAGCAAGAAUGAGUCACAAAAAUACGCAAAUUUUUAUAUAUUAAAUUCCUUCUAUAAAUGUG